AUGCCAGAAUUUCAGAUAUUAGUUGAAGAUGAGCAAAAGGCUUUCGAGGCUGAUGUAGCUGCGAUUGAGAAUCAAUGGAGCUCCGCAAGACAAUCCCACUUGAAGCGACCAUACUCUGCAAGCACUAUAGCCGCGCUUCGAACGUCCAUUCCCGCACCCUCAGAUGCCUCUUCGGCCCAGGCCAUCAAGCUUUGGAAUCAACUGCACGCCCACAACAAAGCUGGCACAUGCGAGUUGACAUUCGGUACUACAAAUCCCGUUACGGUUUCGCAGAUGACCAAGCACCAGCAAACCGUCUACUUCUCUGGUGCUUUAUGUGGGUUCUCAGAAGUCGCGCUCCCGGGAAUGGACCACGCCGACUAUCCUUGA